AUGUUAUACAACUGUGUAUCGACGCCGCCACCUGCCAAACCCCCUGAUGCAGUGGCCCGGCAGCCUGAAACCCGCCUCCAGCGCAUUUUAAUUCCAAAAUUUCCUUCCGAAUUAAGGAAACCGUCUUGCCAUUCCAGCCAUAAAUUUGCAUGUGCAGCCACAUUAGCAAUAAUUUACGAGUACGAACCGGCGGCAUUAACCCGCCACCGGUUCAGGUGUAGUAAUAAACCAGACCUUGGUAUUAUCGAGCAGUUUGCCAAUACUUUCGCGUUUCGGGCUAAGCAGCCCAUGGAAGUAUUCCCCGGCACCAUCCCGCAACCUUUCCGACACCUUAUUUGCCUCGCUACAUCCGGUCGUGCUCACUUCCCUACGAUAAGCGAACGCGAAAAGUUGGACGCAAUAGAGCUUCGGAAAGCGCUCGCUGAACAGGUGGAUGUUGGGGGUUUCGGUUUUGCUUGUAAAACGGAUAAAUUAAGAUUAAUUACAAGCAAAUUAGUUCCCGAGGGCGAAGCUCGAACUUUGGACGAUAUAGACGUAUGUGUAAAGCCGAUUAAGACACUAAGAGGAUUUCGGCGGAAAAAAGUUCAUCAAAGCGUUACAAGGACCGAUACUUGGGAGAUGAAAGGGAGCGGAGGCGAAAUAAAAUUAGUAUGCGAGCUCCGGGUCGACGUGGGAAAGCGAUUUUCGUACGUUUCACGGAACCUGAUCGGAAAGCUGCGCGCCGAUCCGCUGAAAAUUUUCGACUGCUGCGAAAGCGCUCCGAAAUGUUCAGAUUCAAAUGGAAAGGUUUACACCUGUAGAGCGUUGCUUGAUCAAGGAUCACAACAACAUUUAAUUACGGAAGAAAUGUGUAAAAGAUUACACUUAACUACAAAAUCUGUGCAUGCAGGCAUAAGUUCGGUCUGUGGUAGUUACAAUGAAAUUAAACAUGCUACUACGCUUCACUUUAAAUCAUUGCACGAUAAUUAUACCGGAAAAAUUGCAUGUUUGGUAGUCCCCAAUAUAAAUCGAAAUUAUCCCAUAGAUACGUUCGACAAAUCCGAGAUUCCGGUUCCCCAAAAUUUAAAUUUAGCAGAUCCUAAUUACAACAUUUCAAGUCCUAUUGACAUUUUAAUUGGCGCGGCUUUGUUUUGGGAACUGCUUCGAGACGGACGGAUGAAACUGUCGAACGAACAGACUUUUCUUCAUAACACAUGUUUGGGGUGGAUAUUGGGUGGACCAUUUACAGCGGCAGCAAUCCAGAUUAAUAGUAUAUUUUGCGGUAAUUUAAACACCUGUGCAUUAGAACAUUUAGACAAACAAGUAACAAAAUUUUGGGAGGUCGAAAAUUAUGACAACCGUAUCGAAAACUUAAGUUCUGAGGAUCAGUUGUGCGAAAAUUUAUUCGUAAAACAACACAGCAGAGAUCCCAAUGGGAAAUUUAUUGUGCGCUUACCAUUUAAGGCAAAUCCUCCCAAUUUAGGUUCUACAAAGGAAAUAGCCUACAAGCGAUUUAGGUCUCUCGAAAAGAAAUUUGAAAACAAUUAUGAAUUUAGGAAUCAAUAUUGCACUUUCAUGGCCGAUUACAUUGCACUUAAUCAUAUGCAACUGGCAACAGAUCACAAUAUUCACGAAGGUUGUUUCCUGCCGCAUCACGGUGUGAUUAAGGAUUCGAGCCUAACGACAAAAGUACGAGCCGUUUUUGAUGCCAGCACAAAGUCGUCAUCCGGAUUUAGUCUCAAUGAUUAUCUACUACCGGGACAAAAUCUUCAAACCGAUAUAUUUUCAUUAUUGGUGAGGUCCAGACAAUACCAGUUUGUGCUAUCUGCUGAUAUUGUAAAAAUGUUUCGGCAAAUUUGGGUGGCACCAGACGACUGGAAAUAUAAAAAAGUUUUAUGGCGUUCAAAUCCAGACGAACCCAUACGGAUAUAUUGCUUGAAAACAGUGUCAUAUGGCAUGGCUUGUGCGCCUUAUUUAGCCAUGCGAUGUUUGCGACAAUUAGCAGUAGAAACCGCGGACUCUUAUCCACACGCCAGUAGGGUCAUUUUGGAAGACUUUUACAUGGAUGAUCUUCUAACGGGUACAAAUGACGAAACCGAAGCAAUCACACUUCGCGAUAAUUUAAUAAAUAUUUUAGGUAGUGGCGGUUUCGAAAUCACAAAGUGGGCUUCUAAUAAUGACGCUCUUCUGCCACAGUGUCACAGUGACAACACUGCACUCGUGCGUUUAGAUGAAAAUAUGCAAACAAAAACGUUAGGCCUAAGUUGGGAUUGUGCGAAUGAUAAUUUAAAAUAUGACUUCAAACUACAACAUCCAAUUAAAAUUACUAAACGAUCCGUUUUAAGCACAAUAGCCACGGUGUAUGACCCCAUAGGCAUCUUAGGUCCUGUCCUAGUGUCAGCAAAAUUAAUAUUACAAAAAUUAUGGCAAUUACAAUCCGACUGGGAUGACGAAUUGCCACCUGAACUAAAUAAACAAUUUGAGCACUUUCUCGCUGAACUACAGCAUGUAAAUGAAAUCCAAAUUCCUCGGAAGGUAGUUGCAGAUUAUCCGUAUCAAAAAAUACAAAUUCACGGAUUUAGCGACGCGAGUACAAAGGCCUACGGGGCGGCAGUUUAUAUAAGAACGACUGAUAUAUCAAAUUCGCAUACUGUGAAACUUCUUUGUUCGAAGACACGAGUUGCUCCAAUUAAACAAAUUACCCUACCUAGAUUAGAAUUAUGCGCCGCUACUUUACUUGCCAAAUUAAUGUCUAAAGUCAAAAAUGCGAUGAAAAUUAAUUUUGACGACUGUUACUUAUGGAGCGAUUCAACAAUUGCAUUAUCUUGGAUAGCGGCAUCACCAAAUCGUUGGCAAACAUUUGUUGCUAACCGUGUGUCAGAAAUUCAAACUCUUACUAAUAAUUGUAAAUGGCGUCAUGUAAUCAGCAACGAAAAUCCCGCAGAUAUAAUUUCAAGAGGAAUGGACCCAAGUGAGCUAAAAUCAUGUGACUUAUGGUGGCACGGUCCGUCUUUUUUAACUAAAGAUUUAAACGAAUGGCCAGUACCAAAAAGCGUUUUAAAUAAUAAUUUACCUGAAGAGCGCAAAAUUUCACUAGUUUCACAUUGCACUUCAGACGAAUCUUCGCUUUCUUCAUUGUUUACGAGAGUUAGUACAUAUAAAAGACUAAAACGCAUUGUAGCAUACUGUUACAGAUUUAUUAAUAAAUUGCAGAAAAAACAGUGUAAUUAUUCAGGUGAAUUAUCGGUGGAAGAAUUAGACGCAGCGCAUAUUAAUACCAUAAAGUUAGUUCAAAAAGAUCAAUUUUCAUCCGAAAUAAAAGAGCUGCAAAGCAACGGGUUCAUAAACAACAAUAGCCAUUUGAAAUCGCUAAAUAUAUUUAUGGAUGACAACGGCAUUUUGAGAGUGGGAGGGCGCUUGCAAAACGCAAAAAUAAAUUACGAUAUGAAACAUCAAAUCCUCCUUCCAAAAAAUCAUUAUGUGACAAAAAUUAUCAUACGUGACGCACACACGGACACACUACACGCAGGAACGCAGGCAACUCUGGCGGCAGUAAGAAGGCAAUUUUGGCCCGUAUGUGGAAAAACAACUAUCAAAAAGAUAAUACACAAUUGCGUAAAAUGUCGUCGAGUGAAACCCAUUACCUAUGAACAAUUGAUGGGUAAUUUACCUUUUGAUCGAGUCAAUCCAUCUAGACCAUUUUCAAAUUGUGGCGUAGAUUACGCGGGUCCUAUCAUGAUAAAAGAAGGACGUGGUCGCGGAAAAAGAAGCAUCAAGUGUUAUGUCGUAGUUUUUGUUUGCCUCGUCACAAAAGCUAUUCAUUUAGAUUUAGUACUCGAUUAUACGUCACAAUCUUUUCUUAAUUGUCUGAAACGUAUGAUAUCCAGACGCGGUAAGAUUUUACAUAUGUACUCGGAUAACGGUACUAAUUUUGUAGGCGCGAAUCGAGAACUAAAAUAUUUAAAGAAAUUGUUCGAUAGUGACGAAUUUCAAAGAUCAGUAAUUGAUAAUAUCACAGAGCAGGGAAUUAAAUGGCAAUUUAUUCCACCAAAUUCGCCACAUAUGGGUGGUAUUUGGGAAGCAGGGGUCAAAUCUUUUAAGCACCAUUACAAACGAAUAGCGGGAACCUCUUUGCUUACGGCAGAAGAGAUGUAUACACUUCUUACCCAAAUUGAAUCAAUUCUGAAUUCUCGCCCCUUAACACCUUUGAGCAAUGACCCCAAUGACUUGGAACCACUAACGCCGGGUCACUUCCUCAUCGGAUCUGCAUUAACCGAUCUACCUGAACCAUGCCUACUUGCGAUAAAAGAAAACCGAUUGACGAGAUGGCAGCGAGUCGAGCAGCUGCGUCAAACGUUCUGGAGAAGGUGGACUGCAGAAUAUCUGACCCAACUACAGCCACGGAACCGUUGGAGUCAACGAAACGCGAAUUCCAUAAGCAAAGGAUCCAUGGUGGUUUUACGUGACGAGAACACCCCGCCGCUGAUGUGGAGACUAGGCCGUGUCGUAGAGCUGCACCCAGGAAAAGACAACGUAGUGAGAGUAGUGUCGCUGAAGACGAGCAGCGGUGUAGUGAAACGUGCGGUUAAUCGGAUUUGUGUGCUCCCAGUGGACGAAGUUGUUGAUUAA